AUGAAAUUAUUAUUGUUUGUGUUGUUCGUAUACACUUAUGCGACAAGUGCACAAUACAGAUAAGCGAUGGAGGAUCUCAAUGAUGAUAACUUUGGUCAAACCCUUCUUGAAACCAUUCAAAUGCACAUCUAAUCUGAUGAACCUGUAGGUAAUUUGAUCAACAUGUUAUAAAAUCUUCAAUCAUAAGUCGAGAAAGUGUAAUACAAGGCUGAUGAAUAACAUAAGAGAAUCACUACAAAUUGCAAUAUCAACCUAGAUUAAUUGAAUGACCAAAUCAAUAAUUAUAAAAUUAAAUCUGUUACUCUAAAAUCAUACAUUGACAAUCUAAACCCAAAUGUCAAAUAGAGUGUGGCUACAGUUGAAAGAAAACAAAAGGAAUUAGAUGAUUAUAAGCAAGAAUUGAAAUAAGCAGCAGAAAAAAGAGAGAAAGAGCAUAACACCUACACAAACAUCCUUGAUAACCUUGAGUAAGCCCUAUUUGGUUUCCAUCAAAUUAAAUUAGCAUUCAAUCAAUUUAUCGAUUCUGUACAAAAAGGAUAACGUAAAUUUGAGUCAUUUGUUGAAAUGAAAUAAGUCUUAAAAUAAGUUAAACACACUUACAAACUCGAAGGCUAUAAACAUAUUGUGUAGAUGCUCUAGGCUCUAUCCAAAUAGACAAGCGAAGAAGAAGCAUUAAAAUUAGCAAUUCAAUUAAGUGCCAUUCUCAAAUAAAUUGAGUCAUACAUCCAGACUGAACGAACCAGAGAAGACCAAGCAGAAUUGGCAAGAGAAACAGCCUAUAAUGAUUACAAAGCUCAAAUAGCUGAUUUGUUCAAUGAAGCUUCUAAAUCUCUUACUGAAAUGACAGGGAUAUUGGAUAGUCAGUCUAAUGAAUUGAAGUUGAGUGAGAAUGAAAAGAAAGAGGCAGAUGUUAGAUUGCAAAAUAAAAUGAAAGAGUUUGAUAACAUUCAAGCAGAAUGCUCAAUAUUAGAUUAAGAAUAUUAAUAACAAAAUAGAUAGAGAAAUCAACAAAGUAAAUUACUUGAUUAAGCAAUUCUAUUAACCACAACUUCAUUAGGAUAAUUGAAGAGUGACUUAUUAAAACAUGCUGAAGUUUAUUGA